AUCAUUUUCAUUUUCCGUCUCCCACAGAGCGAGUCACCAAUCAUCCAAGAUGAAGUUGUCGAUCCUCUCUCUCUUGGUCGUCCUGUUGACGAGUGCUGUGCUUAGCAAAUCACUGGACAAACGAAAUGCUGAAAUUGAAAAGCGUUUCAUAACAACAGAAGCGAUCAAGGCUAAUUUGGAAAAUCUCUUCGGAAAAGUGACAGAGGGCGUCAACAAAGCUAUAGAAAAGGGCAAGGACGUUAUCGAUAAGGGUGUCGAAACCGUUAUCAUUGGAGGCAAUGCUCUUCUCAUAAAGGCUAAAGAGAAGUACUAUAAAGAACUCCCAGGGUUUAAGGCGGGUCUCAAGCAAGCUAUGAUUGAACUCAAAGAUGCUGGGGAGCUGACUGCUGAGAAGCUGAGUGAACUCUGGGACAAGAUGGAAGUUAAGAUUGUAGAAACCUACGGUGACUUACAGGACAAUGAGAAGUACCAGGCAAUGCGCAAAAAGGCUAAGGAGAUGUGGAUGAAAGCGGCAGAGUCGCCGGUUGGUGGCGCUUUUGAAGCUAUUGAGAGAGCUGCCGACAUGGCUUCUCAUUUCUUCCUGGGAGUGCUGUACUUAGCGGGCGGAGUAAAACGAUUGAUUUCUUUCUCUUAUUGGAUGUUUUGUUCGAUCUAUCCCUGCUAAUGCAUUGUUAUUGACAAAAUAAAGAAGACACAAUAUCAAACUGGUGCAGAAA